UUGCGCAAUGGAGGUGACCAAGGUUAUUAAGGAUGCCAUUGGAGAUAAAAAGUUCUCAAUUCUUAUUGAUGAGGCUAGAGAUUGCUCAAUAAAGGAGCAAAUGGCAGUGAUUGUGAGAUUUGUAGAUGAUCAUGGGUUGCUACAAGAGAGAUUUCUUAUGAUUAAGCACAUCACAGAUUGUACAUCUGCUGGAAUUAAAGAAGCUUUCCUUGCUGUGUUGGAUUAUCAUGAUUUGCCAAUUUGUAGGCUACGUGGACAGGGCUAUGAUGGGGCUUCUAAUAUGAGAGGAGAAUUCAAUGGUUUGCAAAAAUUGUGACUCAAGUUGGUUCAUCUUGCAAGAGAAAAGAUGCAUUACUUGCAAAACACCAGGAUGAAUUGUUAGAUUUGUUGGAGAAUGGGAUGAUUUCAGUUGGAACCGGGUUGCAUCAAGAGUCUAGCAUAACAAGACCAGGAGACACUCGGUGGGGUUCACACUUGAGAACCUUUCUUCGCAUAUUCACAAUGUGGAAGGCUGUGGUUGGUGUUCUAGGAAUUAUAGUGAUUGAUGCUCGGGAACACACAUGUCAAGGUGGGGCUUUUGGUUUGCUUAUUAAGAUGCAAUGCUUCGAAUUUGUGUUCAUCAUGUUGCUCUUAAUAAACAUGUUAAACAUCACAAAUCAGCUCUCACUAGCUUUGCAAAGGAAGAAUCAAAAUAUUGUUGAAGCCAUGCGUUUGGUCUUGGAUGUGAAAGAAAGUUUGCAAGGGAUGAGGGACAAUGGGUUGGAUUCUUUAUUCAGCCAAGCCAAGAGCUUUUGUGAGACACAUGAGAUUGAAGUGCCAAAUAUGGAUGAUCAUGUUGGAUCUUUGGGUCAAACUGUUCGCACCACCAAGAACACGACCACUCGACUCCACUAUUACAAGGUUAGCAUAUUCAAUGUUGCCAUUGAUGCAACUCUCGCUGAAAUGAAUCAUCGAUUCAAUGAAGUUUCCACCGAGUUACUUGAUUGUAUGGCAUGUCUUAGUCCAGCAAACAACUUCUCAAAGUUUAAUGUUGACAAACUUAUUCGGCUUGCUGAAAUUUAUGCUGAGGACUUCACAGAAGCGGACAGGUUGUUGCUAAGAAUUGACCUCCCAAGAUUUCUGAUGAACAUUAGGAGAAGUGAAGAAUUUAAUGGCUGUCAAAAUCUGUCCACACUUGCUCAGUUGAUGGUUCAAACAACAAAACACACAUAUUUCCCAUUGGUGUAUCGUCUCAUU